AUGCAUGUGCAAUUCCAGAAGUGGGAGAUGGAAUUGCACAUUUGUGGUAAGACUGCUAUUCCACUUCUGCGAGAUCAAACAGAGCCGCAAGACAAGAAAUAUGAAAAACAUAAGCAAUCCAGGGACAAGCAACUUCCCCAAAAAUUUGUUGAAGAACUCGAAGGAUUUGUACCAAGGAAACCUACCUUGAAAAAUAGUCGGGGAAGAUGUUGGACGGUGCACAUAGAAAAGAAGGGACAAGAUUUCUUUUUUAUGAAUGGAUGGUCAAAAUUUGUGUCGGACAUAUCGCUUGAAGAUGGUCAUGUCCUGGUUUUUGAUUACGAUGGAGAUUUAUGUUUUGAUUUUAUGCAUUUUGAGCAUUCAAAGUGUGGACAAAAUUUUGUUCAACCUCAAUCAACCAUGAAUGACUCGGAAAAUGUUGAGGAAGACCAAGAUGAAGAUGACAAUGAGGACGAUGACGAUGAUAAGGACAAGGACAAGAACGAUAACGAAGACUAUGAAGCUGACGAGAACAUUGAUGAUGGUGAUUAUGAGUAUGAUGAUAAUGUUGUAGAAGAAGAGGGUGAUGAUGAGAUUGGGGAAGUGCAAGAUAUAGAGCAAUAUGACAUGGAGGAGGAAAAGGAAAGGUUGAAGAAGCUCAGGAAGACAAGUUUAAGCAUCACUAAAAAGGAGAAACAAGGUCCAAUUACCCAUUCUAAAAAAGGAAAAGCAAUUGUGGAGUCUAAUGUUGGCCCGAUGGUGAAAGUAAAACAAUCAUCUUCUUUUGAAAUUCCUAAGUUCGAGAGUGAGGAGACUAUUUUCAAAUACGGGAUUAUUAAGCGUCCCAACAAUCCUUAUUUCGUGACGAGACUUAGACAAGACAGACAUAAUGAACUACAUCUUCCGGCUCAUAUAAUGAAAGACAACAACAUUAAGCUUUCAUCGUCUGUGAUGUUGGUGGAUCAAGAAGGGAGGCAAAUUUACACUAAAGUCGUGACAUGGAAAGACGGGAGGACCGUGCUCACCAAGGGAUGGAAGUUAUUUGUGAAAAUUAACAAACUAGUUGAAGAAGACAGAUGUAUUUGUGAGUUUGUCGUGAACCAUCAAGCUGAGCCGUCUACAAUUUACUUGAAGAUGACGGCUCUUCGUGCCGGAUCAUGGCUUCCCAAAUAG